AUGGCCAGCAACGAUAGCGAUCGGAAGCCUCAUCGAAAGCACGCUUCAUCUUCCCGGCGCAAGAGUGUCGUCCAUAGCUCGGCGAAGCGUCAUGACAAAGCGGACGACGGCCUUGCUACCUCACAACCAACUCCGACCCUCGAUGAAUUGCGUAGCUCAAGAGUCGAAUAUUUCUCGAAGACUCCGGAGCAGAGGCGCAAGACUAUGAAGUAUGUCUACGACCAGCCAAUAUCAUCCCAGUCGUGGCCGUUGAAGCGAGGGACGAAGGACCCCAGAUCCUCAGGCUCGAGUAAGCGCAAGGAGGCCGAGUCCAGAUCCAGGAAGAAGAGGUCGCGCAGUCACGACAAGGACGUGAAAAAAGAUGCGGAUAGGGUAUACCCGACGCGCACACAGACGAAACCGGACGAAAAUGCAUCGGACCAAAAGCCGGUGCGAACGACAGAGGCAAAUUCCGACAAGGCAACCACAAAGAGACCACGGUCCAGCAAGGCAACCGUAGAGCGCAAGCCACUUCAGCGACGUCAUACAGCACCUGUCAUCGUCGAUGAGGGGUUGGAUGACUUACGAAGGUCAGUCAGUGACGACAGGCCUACCACACCACGAAGAGUCUCUACCGUCCAACGUGUCUCAGAAGCGGCACGACCGCCCCUCAAGCGCAGCUCGACGAGUGCUGCAGCGAGGACCGAAGUCAGCCUCGCGAAGUCGUCCUUGAGCGUCCGCCCUGAAAAGAAGGCACCUUCUGUUCUGUCCACAUUCUUCCACUCGAAACCAGCCUCGCCAGAAAAGAAGGUUUCCUGCCUGACUUGUGGCGAUGAUGGUAUACCAAUCUCGAAAUCGGCGAAGUUGCCUUGCAAGCAUCGUAUGUGCCACUCAUGUCUCAAAAGAGUCUUCAAGAUGUCCAUCACCGACCCGGCGCAUAUGCCACCUCGAUGCUGCACUGACGACCACAUCGACCUAAAGCAUGUUGACAAGUUGUUCAAUCAGGAAUUUAAGAAGAACUGGAAUCGUAAAUUCCUCGAAUACAAAACCAAGAACAGAAUAUACUGCGUUGGCAAGAAUUGCGGCGAGUGGAUCAAGCCUAGCCAUGUCAACAUCGAGCAUGGUCGGAAGGUGGGCAAAUGCAAGCGCUGCGGGACUAAGGUCUGUGCCAUCUGCAACAACAAGGCGCACAGCUCUCGUGAUUGUCCUAAGGACCCGUCGACUAAGCAGUUCAUCGAUACGGCAAAAGAGAAGGGCUGGCAAAAAUGCUUCAACUGCUCGGCUAUGGUCGAGCUGAAGGAAGGCUGCAACCAUAUGACGUGUCGGUGCAUGGCCGAGUUUUGCAUGGUCUGUGGCCUGAAAUGGAAAUCGUGCGACUGUCCGUGGUUCAAUUACGAGAACGUGGAUGCUCACCUGGGCAAUCCACAGCGUUUUCAGGAAGAAAUGGAGCGAAGAAGAGAUCAGGAACAACGAGACGAAGUGCUAGCCAGGCGCAUGGAGGUUCUUGGAAUCGACGGAGAAGAUGGUGGCGGAGGCCUUUUCGGGCUGGGUAACGCCGCCGGACACCACAUGAACCAGAACUUUAUCCAGCAGGCGCGUGAAGCACUCACGGCCAACUAUCAGAACGCGGAGCAGGCAGCAAGAGGACUGCUGAAUGGUUGGUAUACCGGCCGCGAGAAUCGGAUGCCAGAUAUUCCUGAAGAUCUGAAUGACCUUCCGAGGCUACUAAGGCAAGCAAGUCAACGACAAGCACCCGUAGACGAGGCCGAGGAAGCCGCAAGCCCAGAACGAAGAAGACGGAACACACACAGGCGCAGAAAUCCAGCACCCGAGUUGGCGCAGCCAUUCGCCAACGGUCGAUACCAGCCGACCGAAGAAGACAGACAACAGGAACGGAGGAUCCGGGAAUGGGCUACCGGCGUUACCGAGUGA